UACUUCGAACGGAAUGCUCACAGAAAGUACCUCUCCUGUCAUGCUUAUGUCAUUGUGAUACAAGAUCGAAAUUUCCGCGAUGAAUUUUCUCCUCUUUCUUUUCGUCGGUCAAUGUUUGUGUUUGUACCGGGAGAGUGAAAUUAUCUUGAAGGUCAACUCGGAUAAUUACGAAGAUUAUGUUGAAUCUGAAGCGAAACCAAUAAUCCUCCACGCUUACUCCCCUUUGUCACAGCAGUGUAAGGAUGUUGCUGGCCAGUUCAUGAAGGCAGCUGAGGAGCUGAAAGAAAUAACAAAAUUCGCAUGUCUGCAGAUAGACAGGGAGAAGCAACUGGCCCACGAAUUGGGAAUCAAGAAACCGAACACGUUUUUCAUCGUGAGAAGAGGGCAGCUUCAACAGUUCUCAGGUCCCAUCACAGCGAAACACAUCGUUAGUUUGGUUAUGAACCAAGUUCUUGCUAAUUUAGACGCGGUGGAAGACGUAGGGUUCCAGUAUUUCUUCAAGAACGUCAUACAAUUGAACGAUGAGAACUUCGAUGAUAGUAUAAUGAAGGACAAUAAACCAUGGAUGGUCCUCUUCUAUUCCCCCAGUGUACCUGAGAGCAAACACAUGAUUCCCAUUUGGUAUGACGCUGCUCAAAAUUUGAAGAACAAGGUCAACUUUGGAUCUGUGGAUGUGUCCAACAAUCCCUCGCUGGCUAAGGAAUACGAUGUUGCAGGCUACCCAACUGGCAUUCUUCUUAUACAGGAAGCAACCUUCUACCUUCAUUACAACGUCCACCUCAACCCAGAUUUCAUAACGGAAUGGAUCAACAAUAAAAUGAGCGAAUACGAUGAAGACUCCUUGGUGAACCAACUGAUCACUCAGGAUAGAUAUGAGAAAUGCUUGGAAAAACCCUUGUGCAUCAUCGUAUUCCUUCCACACAUCCUGGACUGUCGCUCGAAAUGCAGAACGAACUUACUGAACACCCUUACGGAUGUUUACGACAAAUACAAGGGUUACAAAUGGGGGUGGCUCUGGUGCGAAUCCAGUUCCCAAGGAGACCUGGAAAGGUCUCUGGAUAUCGACGGUUUCAACAUACCCACGGCCGUGGCUCUGAAUGCUAAGAAGAUGAAGUAUACCACCUUGAGAGGUCCAUUUGAUUUCCUGCACAUGGAUGAUUUUUUGCAGGAUAUCCUCAUGAUGAAGAUACCAAGUUCGAACCUUAAGAAGAGUAUCAGGAUUUAUGCGACUGAUUUGUGGGACGGUAAAGAUCCCAAAGAACACAAGAAUCAUCUGGAUUAUUUCGAUGUGGGUGUUGCGGUCAAGGAUGAAUUAUGAAAGAGUUGUAUUCGCAAUAAAGUUUGGUGAAAUUAG